AUGUCUUAUCAAUACCCCCCCAACCAACCUCCGCAUGGAGGAUAUGCCCCGCAGUACGGCCAGCAAGGCCCCCCUCCAGGAGCCCCUCCCCAGGGUUACCAACAGCCUCCUUACCCGCCACAGCCUUACGGGGCCGCUCCUCCUCAGGGGCAAUAUCCCCCUCAGCAAGGCCACUACCCCCCGCCCCAGCAAGGCCACUAUCCUCCGCCUCAGCAAGGCCAGUACGGCGCUCCGCCGCCGCAGGGUGCUCACUAUGGUGCACCCUCCCCCCAACCCCACGGAUACCCCGCUCCGCCUGCACAACCUCCAUAUGGCCAGCCGCCGCAUGGUCAUGUCCCGCCCCCAGGCCAGCCACCCAUUGGGUAUGGCGCACCACCUCCCGGUGGCGGCUUCCCUCCCCACGGCGCUCCGUCGAUGCCAUCUCCCGGUUACGUCGCUGGCCAACUGGCCCCAGGUGAUUUCCGGCCCCAAGCGGAUGCGCUUCGCAAAGCGAUGAAGGGCUUCGGUACCGACGAAAAGGCCCUCAUUGCCGUCCUCUCCCCCCUCGAUCCGCUCCAGGUAGCCGCCGUCCGUGACACAUAUUCCAAGCACCUCGGACGCGAUCUCUAUAAGGAUGUCAAGUCCGAGACUGGAAGUUAUUUCCGCGACGGUCUCCUGGCUGUGAUCGACGGGCCCCUCAUGCAUGAUGUCGAGUGCGUGCACUCGGCAAUCGACGGUGCCGGCACGAAGGAGUGGCUGCUCAACGACAUCCUGCUCGGCCGGUCCAAUGCGGACAUGAAUGCUAUCCGGACGGCCUAUGAGAUGAGAUACAAACGUUCUCUUUCCAGAGAUGUCGAGGGCGAUUUGUCCUUCAAGACAUCUACUCUGUUUGCCACGGUGAUUCGUGCUGCCCGCACCGAGGAGUCUGCCCCUGUCAACCCGCAGAAUAUCGAGACGGACGUUCGCUCCCUACAAGGGCGGGAUGUCAGAGAGGUGUGCGCAAUCUUCGCCAAGGCUUCUAAUGCUGAGCUCCGCGCUCUCAGCCAGACUUUCGAGUCCCGUUACAAUGUCUCCCUCGAGAAGCAUAUCAAGAAGGCGUUCUCGGGUCAUAUGGAGGAUGCGCUGCUUCAGAUGCUCCGCUCGGCUACUGACCCUGCUAUGCGUGACGCUAAGCUGCUCGAAGACUGCAUGAGUGGCAUGGGUACCAAGGACGACCGGCUUGUGAUUCGUGUUGUCCGAGCCCACUGGGACCGUAAUCAUAAGGAGAUGGUGAAGCGCGCUUACCAGCACUUAUAUGGCAAGAGCCUGAUUGAGCGCAUUCGCGGCGAGACUUCUGGUGAUUAUGAGCGUUUGAUGGUUGCUCUUCUUGAGUAG